AUGAAAGUUCCCAAAUCCCAAGAAGAAAUUGUUUUCGAACUCUCGUCGAAUCAUUCGGAUGGCGGAAACAGUACGCCUGUUGAUGUGGAUAUUUCCAAAGCGUCCAACAUAUGUGACGAAGAUGCUUCCCCGGAAAAUCGCCAUCGGCGGCGACCCUUCUCUCUCAAGCGCCUCAUCUGGGGUGAAGUCCCUCCUAUUCCCACCGAGAGGUCCAUCUCUGGCGAGUAUGGGGCUGGUUGGUUGAGUCAACUGACCUUCCAAUGGAUGGGGUCGAUUAUGAGGGUGGGUUUUCAGAGGCCGUUAGAGGUGAGCGACAUUUGGCUGGUCAGCCCAGACCGUCAAAUCGACAAACUAUCGGCUCGUUUUGGUGCAGCCUUUGAACAAAGGGUCCACCAAGGCGGGAAGAUUCCCCUCAUCAGAGCUCUAUAUGACACAAUCCAGCGCGAGUUCUGGCUUGGAGGAAUAUGCAGUUUUCUCGCUUCCCUCUGUCAGGUGAUGACGCCGUUCGCCUUGCGGUUCCUGAUCCAGUGGGUCACUACUUCGUAUUUCAAGCAAGGCCCUGGUCAAGAAAAUGAAGGGUUUGCAAAGCAGAUCGGGUUAGUCUUUGGCAUCAUGGGAAUGCAGCUGAUUCAGAGCGUGAGCACCAACCAAUUCAUCUACCGAGGCUUCAUGGUUGGCGCACAAAUUCGUGGGGUCUUGAUCUCUGCCGUUUUCGAGAAAACUCUCAGAAUCUCGAACCGAGCUCGUGCUGGACCGACUGUGCCAGAAGAGAAUUCACAGAGCGCAAACGAGAAGGCAAAGCCAAUGAAGAACCCAAAGAGAUUAGCGGACGCAGAUGAAGUGGGCUGGUCCAAUGGUCGGUUAAUGAAUUUGAUGUCCACUGAUACAUCGCGGAUUGAAUUAGCUUGUGGGAUGUUCCAUCUCCUUUGGGUGUCCCCAUUCACAAUCUUUCUCGCACUGGCUCUACUACUCAUCAACAUGACCUACUCCGCCCUCGCCGGCUUCGCACUGCUUUUUUGCGGUAUUCCCUUGCUCACCAUUACGAUGAAGAUUCUUAUCCGAAGACGUCGUGCGAUUAACAAAGUCACAGAUGUCAGAAUAUCUAUGACUCAGGAGAUCAUGAGAUCCAUCCGUUUCGUCAAAUUCUACGGGUGGGAAAACGCUUUCCUGGAAGCUCUCCGACUAUGCAGGAAGCAUGAGAUUGCAAUGAUCCAAAAGCUCAUGGCUUUACGAAAUGCAAUGAAUGCAGUGUCUGUGGCUUUGCCAAUCUUCGCCUCUAUGAUCACGUUCGUCGUGUACUCUGUUUCAGGCCAUGAACUCACAGCGGCUCUGGUUUUCUCCUCUUUGUCGAUCUUCAAUUCUCUGCGGAUGCCUUUCAAUCUCCUGCCUGUGGUCAUUGGUCAGGUGACAGAUGCCUGGGCAUCAACACGCCGAAUUCAGGAAUAUCUUCUUGCUGAAGAAAAGCAACAGGAAUUCACUCUGGAUCCCCUUGCUCCCCUUGCAAUUGAAGCUCAAAUGGCUUCCUUUACUUGGGAGCAAACGGCUGCCUUGGUGCAGGGUCCCAAUCAUAAGCCAUCGAAUAAACCCCGGGGGAAGAGCUUGGGACAGAAAGGUGCUAGUGAACAGUCGUCCAUACCUUCUGCAAAUGCUCCCCCACAGGAUCGCCCGAAUAUAUUCUCGAUCAAUGAUAUCAAUCUGUCGAUUGGGCGUUCUGAGCUUGUGGCGGUGAUAGGAAAGGUGGGCUCUGGGAAGAGUUCCCUUAUUUCUGCACUCGCUGGAGACAUGCGUAAGACCGCAGGUACCGUGACGAUGGGAGAGAGCAUAGCGUUUUGUCCGCAGUCUGCAUGGAUUCAGAAUGCCACCGUCCAGAACAACAUUUUAUUUGGCAAAGAGAUGAAUCGAGAAUGGUAUGACCAAGUUAUCCAAGCAUGUGCCCUACAAUCGGACUUGGACAUGCUCCCCGCAGGUGACCAAACCGAGAUUGGAGAACGAGGAAUCACGCUCAGUGGUGGCCAGAAGCAGCGACUGAACAUUGCUCGAGCGAUAUACUUCAAUAGUUCGAUCGUUGUUCUAGACGAUCCGCUGUCUGCAGUAGAUACGCACGUCGGUCGCCAUCUAUUCGAAAACGCCAUAUGCGGGUUGCUUGGAGACAAGUGCCGCAUCCUUGCUACACACAGGCAUGAUAUUCUGCCUCGGUGCGACAGGAUUAUUUGGCUAGAUGAAGGUCGAAUCAAGGCUAACGGCACCUACGACAAUCUGAUCUCCACGAAUUCUCAGUUCCAAGAACUUGUUGGUUCUAGCACUGGAGGAGAAACUGACGGGGAAGAGGCAGUAGCUCAACUACACCCAACAGAGCCAUCUGCCGAAGGGAAAGCAUCUGAUCCAACUUCUCUCAUUCAAGAAGAGGAUCGAUCUGUUACUAGUGUGGAAUGGGGGGUUUAUAUUGCAUACAUUCGUGCAUCCGGAUCACUUUUAUACGGAAUCAUUCCCUUCCUGUUGCUAUGCCUGGCUCAAUCUUCGAAUAUGCUCACCAAUAUCUGGCUGUCGUACUGGGUUGAUGAUGAGUUUGGGCUGUCAAAAGGCCAAUAUAUCGGCAUAUAUGUGGGCCUGGGGUUCAUUCAGGCUAUACUGAUGUUUUUAUUUUCCCUGUCCAUAUCUCUACUCACUACCAGUGCGAGUCGGACCAUGAUGGAGAAAGCACUUGUACGUGUUCUCCGAGCCCCGAUGUCCUUUUUUGACACGACACCUUUGGGUCGCAUCACGAAUCGCUUCUCUAAGGACGUGGACACAAUGGACAACUUCUUGUCAGAUGCCAUUCGCAUGUAUAUGCUUACUCUAGCGAUGAUCGUGAGUGUAUUCAUCCUUCUGAUAUACUACUUCCACUAUUUCGGCGUUGCAAUCGGCCCUCUUAUGCUUCUAUUUCUCAUUGCGGCAGCGUAUUAUCGUGCGUCCGCUCGAGACAUGAAGCGGCACGAGGCCGUCCUGCGGUCUGCAGUAUUUGCUCGCUUCAGCGAGGCUAUAUCCGGAACCUCAAGCAUCCGUGCAUAUGGAAUGCAAGCUCAUUUCACAUCUGUCAUUCGGACAGCAAUUGAUAAUAUGAACUCGGCAUACUACCUCACAUUCAGCAACCAACGUUGGCUGAGCGCCAGACUGGACAUAGUUUCUAUUCUUCUUGUGGGAACCACUGGGAUUCUGGUGGUCACGCUACGGCAUGUUGUCUCUCCAAGUAUAUCUGGUCUGGUGUUCUCAUAUACUCUUGCAAUUGUGCAAAUGAUACAAGUCCUCGUGAAGCAAUUUGCGGAGCUCGAGAACGCAAUGAAUGCCACCGAGCGCGUACAUUUCUACAGCACCAGCCUUGAGCAGGAGGAGGAUGAAAAUUCCACCUCCUAUCAUCCUCUGGCAGUGGAAAAGAGCUGGCCUUCGAAGGGAGCCAUUGUGUUUGAAAAGGUUCAAAUGCGGUACCGACCUGGUCUACCGCUCGUUCUGCAGGGGAUGAACCUCAACGUAACUGGCGGCGAGAGAAUUGGAAUCGUUGGCCGUACCGGUGCCGGGAAGUCAUCAAUCAUGUCUGCGCUAUUCCGUCUGACCGAGCUCGCCAGUGGAAGCAUCAAAAUUGACGGGGUUGACAUUUCCCGUGUCUCCUGUCAUGAUCUCCGAUCGCGGCUCUCCAUUGUUCCUCAAGAUCCGACUCUAUUCGUGGGAACGGUUCGAUCCAACCUGAAUCCCUUCAACGUACACACAGACUUGGAGCUCUGGUCGGCGCUCCGCCAGGUUGGUUUAGUUAAAGAGGACAAUGCCCAGGACUCCUCUCCGAUUCAUCUGGACACGCCCGUGGAAGAGGAGGGUCUGAACUUUUCCGUCGGUCAACGUCAGCUCAUGGCCCUGGCACGAGCACUCAUAGGUGGUAGCCAAGUCGUAGUAUUCGACGAAGCAACUUCAUCUGUUGACCUGGAGACAGAUCGGAGGAUACAGGAGACAAUUCGAACGAGUUUCGGCGGGCGGACCCUUCUCUGUAUUGCGCAUCGAUUGCAGACUAUCAUCCGCUACGAUCGGGUUUGUGUUAUGGACAAGGGGACGAUUGCAGAACUGGACACGCCGCUCAGUCUAUGGGAGUUGAAGGGCAUAUUUCGGGGAAUGUGUGAUCAGUCUGGAAUUGUCAGGGAAGAUUUCAAUUGA